CCAACUUCGCGUGCAUUUUCGAGGUGUGUUUGAUGUGAAGUUGCUUGUUCCGGAACCGCUCCAAAUUCAAAAAAAGCUUUACGCAAAUUAGUUCUCACCGAAAUACUUUUCCGGUACACGUUAAGUUCGUAACGAUCGGCGGCCAACUUUUCGUUCACGAAACAUUUCCGAAUACAACUUCUCUUAAGUAUCACCUGCUGAGUAUCGUGGGCAACAUUCUGUGUUCCUCUUGCAACAAGAGGUGCGAUAGCAUUUUAGAGUUGAUUCAACAUUUAGAGAAGGAAUGCGUUGAUCAAAAGUCUAUGAAAAUGCUUGGGAACAUUAAAAAGGAACCGGAGGUGAACAGUGCCCCUCACCAAGGAAUUUCCGACAGAAAUACGGAACCUGCAGUAGUUUUCGUCGAUUCCGGCAGAAUAAAGCAGGAAGUAGAACCUGAAAGUAAUGAUAAUGCGAUAGAAGGACCUGUCGGUGAUCCAAAUUUGCAGUAUUCCUGUGAGAUAUGCAAUAUUAGUUUCAAUUCCAUCGAGGAGCAUUUGGCAAAAUACCACGAAGGAGAGGAAGUGCUGUUGGAAACUGAUAAUGAUGAACCUUUCCAAAACGCUAACUCUUCUGAUAUGUUCGACGACGAUAGUCAAGGUACCGAAAAUGAAUUGGAGGACAAUGCUGCUAGUGCGGAAAUCUCUCAUAGCAAAAACAAUCAAUUUCAAAUUGACGAAAAUAAUGAGAAUGAAGAACCACUGACUCACAAAUAUCUGUUCGACGGUGAGUUGACCAAGCUUACCGAGGAGCAAGUCGCGAAUAUCGAGGACAAGUCGAAAAUUAUAGAAAUUCAUUGUUGUCCGGUAUGUUCCUUGCAAUUUCCCAAUCUGGGCCAUUACCAUAAGCACAAAUGUGCGAAAAAGAAGAUGACCAAAGAAAGAAGAAGACAUCCCAAACCCAAGGAAGAUACGAGAUACAGGUGCGCGUUUUGCCAAGCCAUUUACAUGAGCCUCAUAGCCCUGAACGAUCACAUGAAGUCCCAUUUGGUGCAGGACGAGUCGGGUAGAGUCAUAAAGAGAACUAUAACGUUAGCCCCUCAUGUGUGCGAAGUAUGUAACACCCAGUUUCCAUCCUUCAAAUCCCUUCGGUUACAUAAGAGGAUGCACGAUCCUGUACAGCAGAAAGAGAUCGAACCUCCGGUAACGUACUCUAUCGAUAACCAAGAUGAUACUCCCAACGAACGAGAGAUGUUCGAGUGUACCGUUUGCGAUAAAAAAUACGAUAAAGAAUACGAACAAGUGCACCUCAAAUCCCAUCAAAACGUUGACUAUUUCGUUUGCUCCGUUUGUAACAAACAGUUUUAUACCAAAGAGAAUUUGGAUAUGCACACGAAAGCUCAUUCGAACGCUAAAAGGUUCAUAUGUUCGUAUUGUAAAAAGCCCUUUACCAAUGACGAGGCCUUGCAAGAUCACGUUACGAAUCGGUGCACGAAAAGGCUUUACGAGUGUCAGUACUGCGGCAGGAGGUUCUCUAGGCCUCACGAAAAGGUGAAGCACGAGCGUAUUCACACGGGCGAAAAGCCCCACGUGUGUCAGAUCUGUGGCAAAUCUUUCCGCGUGAGUUACUGCCUAACAUUGCACAUGCGUACCCAUUCUGGAACCAGGCCCUACGAAUGUCAACAUUGCAACAAGCGCUUCAAGUCUUACAGCGUGUACAACCACCAUAUGAUGACCCAUUCGGACGCGAGGAACUACAAAUGUCCUUUAUGUCCGAAAGCCUUUAAAACCAGCGUCCAACUGGCAGGUCACAAGAACAGCCACACCAAGCCGUUCACUUGCACGGAAUGUAACCGACCGUUUUCUUCCCUCUAUGCGGUGAGGGCCCAUAUGGAAACACACAAGCGAGAGAACAACCUGAAAUACGACUGUUGGCUAUGCGGCGCGACCUACGCCAGGUCGUUCGCCUUGAAAGACCAUAUGAACACCGCCCACUUGAACGACAACGCAGCAGAGCAGAACGGCGACGGUGUUCUCGUGGAACUCGAACCGGACGAACAAGAAACGGAGCAAGUGGAAGAGGAGGAAGCGGAAAUGAACAUGGAAGAAAACAGUUUGGAGGAGGACCAUCAGGAGGUGGAGGAACUUGUCGAGGAGUAUCACUCAACGCAAGACGAUGCGACAAACGAAGCGGAACCAGGCGACGUUACCGAAUCGUAAUCGCUUAUAAAUAAUGUUUGUGAUAGUCUAAGUUUACUGUAUUUUUGUUAAAUCAGAAUUAAAUUCCAAUACUAUACCUCAUUUUUCAUGACUGCAAAAACAACCAAAGUUUUCGGAAAUGUAGCUUUUACUGGUUGGUCUUGCGUAUACGGGCACAUUCUUUUCCUUACAUGUUCGACAGCAAACAAGUUCCCAGUGGGUGGGCUGCCAAUAAUGUUCGGAUUUAAAAAUAAAUCAAUUUUUCAGGAAAGUUACGACAAUAGAAACUUUUCGUAACUCCUGAAAUUCGUUGCUAUUGCUUAUGAACGGGUUAUAACCGAAUUUA